AUGCCAAUUUGCGUUCAUAAAGGUUGUGAAAACACAUAUGAAGAAGAAGAAAAUGAUGAUAAUGCUUGUCUUUAUCAUCCAUCACCACCAAUUUUCCAUGAAGGAUUAAAGGGCUGGCAAUGUUGUAGUCGUCGUGUUACAACAUUCGAUGAAUUCCUUGCGAUACCUGGAUGUACUCGUGGACGACAUACAGAUCAGGUAGAGAAACCUCCGAAGGAUACAACUGUUACAUCGGAACCAGAAGUUACCGCACCUACCACGCAGACUGCUACACGUAUUGAGAAUGAUGUUGAGAUAUAUGACUCCGGUCCAAAGAUUCCAUACGCUCAACCAACCCCCCAAACUGUUACCGAGAAACCUAAACCUAAACCUUCACCUAUUGAAAAAGAGCCAGAAGAGGAUGAUUUAAGCAUUCCUGUUGCUCCAGGCACAGUAUGUAAGAGGUCUUCAUGUGGUAAAAAAUACGUGGAUGAUGCAACAAGUCGAGAUUUAGGAUCAGAGGCUGAAUGCGUUUAUCAUCCCGGUACUCCAAUUUUCCAUGAAGGUAGUAAAGGUUGGAGUUGCUGUUCUAGAAAAGUGCUAGAAUUCGAAGAAUUUUUAAAAAUAAAAGGAUGCAAGAAGGGGAAGCAUUUGUUUGUUGGAUCUGGUAACAAUGAUACAAAUGUUGAGGAGGUGGUGCAAUGUCGACAUGAUUGGUAUCAAACUCCGACACAUGUCAUUAUGUCAAUAUUUGCAAAGAAGGUAGAUAAGCAACGCUCUUCUAUAAUUUUCAAAGAACAAGAGUUGAAUGUUGAUUUGAAAAUGCCUGAUGGGAAGAGAUUUAAAACCAAUUAUGCUUUAUAUCAAUUAAUUGAACCGGAAAAUUCCAAAUAUGAGAUUCUCACCACUAAAGUAGAAUUAAAAUUAAAGAAAGCAAAUGGUAUUUCUUGGCCAUCAUUGAGGUCUGAUGAAGAUUUGGGACCUGCAACAACAUUCGGUGUUCAAGGUGGAGAAGCCACAGUUGGAGGCAAACAAUACACUUUAGCCACAGAUUCACCAUUAUAUGCAAACAAAUAA